UACAAAAUGAAUAAGAAUAUAAAUUCACCGUCUAAGCUUACGGAGUUUGCUCCAUUAAGUCCUGAAGAAAGUCAACCUGUUGUAGCUUCCUUAUUUUCGAAAUUCUUUAAUUUCGCUAGGAGUUCACAAAAUGUUGACGAUUCUACAAUCUCUUCUAAUAAUGAGAAGCAAAGUUCAUCUGAUUCUGAAUCGUGGAAACAAUCAGAAAGCACAGAAGAAACACCAGAGGAUGACAAUUCUAGUAUAAUGAAUUUUCCAUUAGAUACUCGUGAAGGCAGAAGUUUACCAAAUGUUUUGAAACGUAUUAGUAACAUUGUGGCUCUGAAAAGUAAUAACCUAUGCUCGUACAAAGAUUCCCAAUUAAAAAGUUAUUGGAUGCCAGAUAGUGUAAGUAAGCAAUGCUAUGAAUGUGGCGAACGAUUUACAACAUUUCGUAGAAGACAUCAUUGUCGUGUUUGCGGUCAAAUAUUUUGCUCAAAGUGCUGUUCAGAUCAGAUUACUGGAAAAAUUAUGGGAUGUACAGGGGAUCUUAGAGUCUGUACAUAUUGCUGCAAAGUAGUUUUAUCCUAUUUACAAUCAUCAGACAUGAGAAGCAAUCUAUCAGCAGAUUUAAAAGCAUUGCAAGAAGAUCUUCAAGUUAAAUAUGGAGAUGAUUCACCACCUAUGUCUCUGAAAUGUGCAAACGAAUUGGUAGAGGAUGAAACUUUAAUCUGCAGAAAACCAAGUGUAGGAUACAUGGAAGAAAAAUAUGCUAUUGGACGAUCAGGAAAUAGUUACUUAACGUCUCAGGAACGUUCUCUUGUCUUACAAAACUCUGCUUCAUUAAGAAUGAUUUACGAAGAGUUAUUUAGAUCGAGUCAAGCAAUUCUUCUACAAACUCACAGAAUUAGACUGAAAAGUUAUUACAACUGCUUUUUAGCUAGCGAGUUAGUAAACUGGAUGAUAGCACAAAAUAAAGCAGCCACGCGUGUGCAGGCUACUGCUAUAGGGCAGGCUUUACUGGAAGCAGGUUUCAUCGAACCCGUAAUCGUUGAUAAUGUGUUUAGCGAUACAGCAACAGUAUUUAAACCAGUAAAAUUAUCUCAUAUGCAGAGUAUGGAGUUAUUAAAUGAAACUCAAACUACGUGUGAUGCACAAGAACCUGCAUGGGUAAAAACAAUUCCACAGCAUGAUUCAACAACAGAUUCUGAAAGUGAAACGAAACCUUCAAAUGUAAUGCAACAAACUAGCGGACGUUUACCAUCAUCCAGUUCAAGUUUUUACUUAGAUCUAAAUUUAGAAUCAUCUACUGUUACAUUAAAAAGACCCACCUCGGAAGAUUUAACCACAAUUUCUAUAGAUAGCAGUGAUGGUGUAAUCGAACAGAAAGAAGCUACAGUAACGUCUCAUAAGUGUAAUUUUAAGAUUGCCGAUGAUCUUUUGAAUGACACGCUACAGGUACAAGAAUUUAAAGAAAGAAACGGUUGGCAUAAACCGUCGAACCUUAGAACCACAUUAGGUGAAUUACAUGCAUAUGAGUGUUUGACAUCUGCGUAUAAGCAGCACGAAGAUUCACUAAUUAAACAACUUCUGAAUAAAGAAGGCUUAUCCCAAACUUGGUCAGAAAUAAUACUUCCUAUUGCUCACCAAAUUGUAGACUACGUUAGACCCGAUCUAAAUCAUAACGUCGAUGAUCUGGAUAUUCGACAAUAUGUUCAAAUAAAAAAAUGUCCAGGCGGUAAUAGGGACGACUGUGAAAUCGUGUCUGGUGUAGUUUGCACCAAAAAUGUUGCGCACAGAGGAAUGAAUGCAAUGAUAGCCCAUCCAAAGAUAUUAUUACUUCAGUGCGGACUUAUGUAUCAACGCGUAGAAGGAAAACUAUUAAGCUUAGAGCCUGUGAUGUUGCAAGAGAAUCAAUACUUGGGUCAUACAGUUGCUAAAAUUACAGCCCUUGGUCCAGACGUUGUUCUCGUACAUCGAUCUGUUUCAAGAUUAGCUCAAGAUAGGCUUCGAGAAUGUGGUGUAACGCUUGUUUUAAACGUGAAACUUAGUGUUUUAGAAAGAGUUGCACGUUGUACAGGAGCUAAUAUCGUCAAUACCAUUGACGCACAUAUAAGUGCAAGAUAUAUGCUCGGUACAUGUAAAAAAUUUUACUUACGAAAUUUUUCAUGUGAAAAAAAUGGUAUUAAAACAUUGAUGUGUUUCGAGGGGUGUUCAAAUCCACAUCUUGGAGCUACAAUUUUACUACGAGGUGGCCCUCAAGCAGAAUUGAAAAAGGUAAAAAAUGUAACAUCAAUGAUGAUUUUUGCAGCCUACUCUUGGCGCCUUGAAAAGUCAUUUCUAAUGGAUGAAUUUGCAAGACCCCCAUCUCCUAAGGAUAAUUCAUUUUUGGAUGAAACAUCGCACAAGGACUCCACAGAGUUUGAAGAAACUAGUAAAGUAUUGCUCACCAAAACUAACGAAGGAAAUGAUACAGCUUUCAGUCAGGACAGAGAUUAUGCAGAUAGUAUGGAAAUUUUAAGAAUGUCAAAAGUUCAAGCGGAUUCGAGAAGUACAUCAAACGAUAGACAAUGCAUAGAAAUUGAGUUUCCCGCUAGUAGGAGUACACCUCUGAAAGAUAAAGUAGCAGAUCAGACUUAUACCGAGAAUAAGUUAAAUUCGACCUCUAUUAAACAAAUAUCUUCUAUAUUAUCCGAAGACACUGACCCUUACGAUACUUUAAAAUUAUUCAAAACUAAAACAAAGUCUUCCGUAAUUGAUUCGAAAAGCACAGAGGAUUGCACAACAAGUAAAACAUUGAAUAGUAACGAUAAUCUAAAUAAUACUUCUGGACUUGGUACAGACUGUAGCAACGAUUUAAAUAGUACUAUGGAAUUGUUUGGUGGUAAAAGUGGUGAAAAGGCGAACAAAGAAACCGAAGAAGAAAUAGAAAAACCAAAAAUGAAGGACAAAUUCAUUUCAGAGGAGAAACGUAUUUAUGGAGAAUCUAUUAGUGAUUGGAGCGAUCCAUUGCAUCAGUAUUUAAACGAAGACGAAGAGGACGUGUUUAAUCAAACUAGUCCAAACGGUCAGCAUUUAAGCGUUGCUGAUUUACCAUUACUAAAUAAAUUUAAAAAAGCUCUGGAGGGAACUAUAUUAACCGUUUCGCCCUAUUUGAAAUUUUCUAUACCGUACUUGGAAACCGAAACAGGAAGGAAUUGCGUGUUGCGAGAUUUCUUCCCAAGAGAAAUCUUUUAUUCUGUCCAAUUUUUAGACAAAGUGAAAGAGGUUAAAACGAGCAACGUGUCCGUAGAGAUAUGUGAAUUUGAAAAUCCAUUAAUGAGAUUAAAAUUGAAGCCUCAACAUCCGUUUGUUCAAGCAAGGUUAACCACGGACGUCGACAGUCGGGAAGUACAAACUUUAUUAGCUAAUUUUAGGGCAUGUGGUAGUCGAUUAUAUCCAACAAAUAACGUUUUGUCGGACAAACAACAAAUUCUAAUACAGACUGAAGUUAACGAUCAAACUCCUACAUGGCCUGAUUGCUUGGAUCUAGCAAGUCAUCAACGUCUGUCCGUGUUGUUUUGUAGUUUCUCGCAUACUGGGAACGAUACACCAGCAUUCUGUGUGAAUCCGUGGGUAGUUAAUAUGGAUUUAUAUGGGAGAAACGAUAUUGCACUUGGACGUUUUCUAGAACGUUACUGUUUAACGUCCGAGUACAAGUGUCCUGCUCAGGCCUGUCGAGCGCAGAUCGCUCACCACGUUCGACGAUUCGCGCAUGACGGUGGUUGCAUACACAUUAGUUUAAACGAAAUGAAUAGCGAACCAUUUGCCCAGGAGGACACGAAUCAAAUUCUGAUGUGGAGCAAAUGCAUGAAAUGUAAAAGCGUUUCACCGGUGGUACCGAUGUCGGACGAUACCUGGUCGUUGUCCUUCGCCAAGUAUCUGGAAUUACGGUUUCAUGGAAACGCUUACGUCAGACGCGGCACGGACACUUGUCAGCAUUUGUUACACCACGAUCAUUAUCAAUAUUUCACAAAGAAAAACAUGCUGGCCGUGUUUAAAUAUACGAAGAUAUCGCAAUGGGAAAUUUCUUUGCCGCCGCCAUUGAUAAACAUUAUCUACGAUCCUAGGCAACACGCGGACGUGAUAGAAGAGAUGAAAAGUUUGGCAUUGAAGGGCGACGAAGUUUUCUCCACCAUACGAGAGAAACUAACGACUUUGCAGUUGGAUAUAGAUAGUAUAAAUGCUGCCAAGCAAAUAUUGACCAAAGAUCAACAGUAUUUCAAGAAUAAAAGAGAAGAGAUUCAAUUGAAACUGACAUCCCCGACGUUGGAGAAUAAAAAGCUCGAGGGCAAGGUGUCCGAGAAACAGGUUCAAGCUUUGAUGUUUAGAAUCGAAGACGGGAUUGUGAUUCUUAAACGAUUGAUAUCAGAAAAAGUAUUUCAAUGGAACAUAAAGAUUUUGGAAAUGUCUGUUAAGAAAAAGGACGAAAGACCACGGCGAUUUACCGAACGAUCGUUAACGGCUGGAAGCAUCAUCGAUACAGACGGAUAUAUAACGGAGGACACAGCAUCGGAAUCGCAAAUCGAAGAUUUAAGCCCUAUGUCGGCGGAUUACAAUGCCAUCGACGCUAUCGCGGCUGCACAGAAUGAUUUACAAGCGAUCGAAGGCGUAGAAAGUUCCGAUAACGAACCUUUAGAAAAUAAUAAUCCUGACGAGAUCGUUGUCAUUCAGGGAUCCCCAAAAAUGCAUCAAAGAUCACACUCUGAUGUGUUGCCCCUCACUCUAGAAGACAUGCCGGAUAAGAAGAAGAAGAAGAAAACAAUUUUAUCUCAAUUAUUGUCAUCUGUACCUGUAACUCAACCGAUACCAAAUCCUUUGGGUUCUUUGGAACAUCAUUUGCUGCCUCUUGGAUCGGUUGUGCCAAUUGUGGUAUACGAAUCAGAACCCUCGUCCAUUAUUGCACACGCGCUCGACUCGCACGAUUACAAACAUGCAUUGCACGAACUGAUGCGUACGACAAAAGGACCCGAUUUGAAUCCCAGCCCAUUGAACAAGCGUAAAUUCCCCGAAAAUAAAGAGAGCCUUUCCGACUUGACUCAGUCGGGAGAAUUUAAACGACCGUCCGUUUUGUCAUUCUUCCGAGGGAACAGUCCAAAUCCAGCCAGUCCGAUAGACUCCGAUAGAAGCGUUUCGAAUAUAGAUUUUAGCGCGCAAAGUUUGGCAUCGACGUCGGAGAUGACAGACGAGGACAAGAAGGCGACAAAACAGCAAAAUUACAUCGAGGUUCAAUUCAACGACGAGACGACUAAUUUCUAUUGCAGAAUAUAUUUUGCCGCGCAAUUCGCUGCUCUCAGAGAAAGCGUUUUAACGUGCGGCGAAGAUGGAUUUACAAGAAGCUUGAGUCGUAGCGUGCAAUGGGCCGCGAGGGGUGGAAAGAGUGGUACUACGUUUUGUAAAAGUCGAGACGAUAGGUUCAUUAUAAAAGAGAUGUCACGAUUAGAAAUGCAAAUAUUUCUUGACUUUGCGCCGAAUUACUUUUCCUACAUGGAAAAGUGUCAGCAAACCAAACAGCCGACAUUAUUAGGCAAAAUAGUCGGCGUUUACAGGGUAUCUUUCAAAAAUAACACGACAAAUGCGGCGCUUCGCACGAGCGUGCUAGUGAUGGAAAAUUUAUUUUAUAAUAGAACGAUAACGGAUAAAUUUGAUUUGAAAGGAUCGGUGAGAAAUCGACUUGUAAAUCCUGACGACACGUGUCACGAGGGAGAAUUAGUAUUGCUCGAUGAAAAUUUAUUAAAUAUGAGCUGCGAUUCGCCGCUAUACAUCAGAUCGCAUUCCAAAGCGGUUUUAAACAGAGCCAUUGAACAAGACACAAAAUUCUUAGCUAAUAAUUCUGUGAUGGAUUAUUCAUUGUUAGUUGGCUUAGAGCCAAAUUCAGAUGAACUCGUACUAGGUAUAAUAGAUUACAUACGAACGUUUACGUGGGAUAAAAAAUUAGAAACAAUGGUAAAAAAAUCAGGCAUAUUAGGUGGCCAAGGAAAAUUACCAACAAUAAUAUCGCCAGAAGAAUAUCGAGCUCGUUUCAUAGCUGCUAUGCACCGAUAUUUCCUGCCUGUACCGGACAGAUGGUCCGGUUUAGGUAGAGACGUGGAAAAAUAAAAAAAAAAAAGUCAUAAUUUCCAAUAAAUGAGAUUAUCAAUUUUUCAGAAAUAUUCUACACUAAAAAUAUUGUACAUACAUUUUCUGUACAACUAACGUAUCUAAAAGAACAGUGCUACGUAUAGAGGUACAUAAUGUAUAUUAAUAUUUUAUGGAAUUACUAGUACAUUACAGCAUUUUGUAAUGAAGUGAUAAAAAUAAGUUACCCUUAUUGUAUUUCAAA